UGGAUUUGCCAUUCGUAGUCGUCCGAACAAACGGUUCAAGCUACAUAUCAAUGAAUCAGCAUAAUCUGUCAUUAUUAUAGUCACAUGGUAUCGUAAUACGGAUAAAUAAACUAGCAACAUUGUAGGAACUGUAACGUCAGUCGCUAAUUAGAAAUAAGAACACAAUAAUGGCAAGAUAGAACAGAUUGCUAGGGGUUUUUCGCAGUAUGUGUGAGAGGGACUUCACCAGCGUUACGGCUUGGAAGGCAACGCCUGGAUAAGGAAGAUAAACUGAACAUAAUUAUUUUCUGCAGCUUUUUUGGAUUUAAGAAUAUGGGUACAACGUUACCUCAGCAGUGCUUUCAAGUCGUUUUGGUCUUUGCGUUGUUCUUCGAGCCCAGCGACAGCAGCGGAAGCUCAGCCUCCCACCAGACCUCCCAGCUGUCCGCGUACGAAGUGACCGUCCCCAGGCGGAUUGGGAAGCAGAGGAGAGACCUGGACAAUGUGGCCUCGGACAAGGUGUCGUAUGUCAUCCGCGCCCAGGGGAAGGACCAUGUCGUCGUCCUCGAGAAAAACGAGCUGCUCCUUCCCGAGGACUUCACCGUCUACUCGUACGGAAAGGAUGGCUCCCUGAUCACAGAGAGGCCCCGCAUGCAGAAUCAUUGCCACUAUCAGGGUUACGUGGAGGACGUGGAGGGUUCGUCGGUGGCCCUGAGCAUCUGCUCCGGCCUGAGGGGUGUCCUGCACAUGCGUAACGGGAGCUACGGGAUCGAGCCCCUGGAGUCCUCCUCGGGCUUCCAGCACCUAGUGUAUCGGCUGGAGGACGUCCAGACAGAGCCCCUGCAGUGCGGGACGCCCCACUCGGGAACGGAGGAGGGGACAGGGUCGGAACAGCACCACGACCCGCGCGAGGUCCCCGUCAGCCAGCUGCUGAGGAGAAAACGGGCUGUGCUGCACCAGACACACUACGUGGAGCUGCUGCUUGUGGUGGACAACGAAAGGUUUUCCUACAUGAACAGGAACCAGACAGCUGUGAGAGAGGAAAUGGUUCAUCUCGCCAACUACGUCGACAGCAUGUACGUGGCCUUAAACAUCCGCAUUGUGCUGGUGGGGCUGGAGAUCUGGAACCAGCAGAACCUCAUCAACACGGACGGCAGCGCGGGGGAGGUUCUCGGCCGCUUCGUCCAGUGGAGGGAGCAGCAGCUGGUUCCCCGACGCAGACACGACAGCGCCCAGCUGAUCCUGAAGAAGAGCUUCGGGGGCACCGCGGGGAUGGCGUUCGUCAGCACGGUCUGCUCUCGGAGUCACGGCGGAGGGAUCAACGCGUACACCAGCAACAACAUCCAGUCGUUCGCGUCCAUCGUCGCCCACGAGCUGGGACACAACCUUGGGAUGAACCACGAUGACGACCGCAACUGCCACUGCAGCGUCGAAAGCUGCAUCAUGAACUCCGGCGCCACCGGCUCACGCAACUUCAGCAGCUGCAGUGCCGACGAUUUCGAGAAGCUGAUCCUCAACAGCGGGGGCAGCUGCUUGCUGAACAUCCCACGCCCCGACGAAGCCUACAGCGCCCCCUACUGUGGCAACAAGCUGGUGGACGUGGGCGAGGAAUGUGACUGCGGCUCGGAUAAGGAAUGUGAGAAAGAUCCCUGCUGCGAGGCCAAGACCUGCAAGCUGAAGACCGGGGCGCAGUGUGCUGACGGAGUGUGCUGCAAAAACUGCCAGUUCUUGCCGGGCGGGACGGUAUGCAGAGGCAGCCUGGACGAAUGCGACCUGCCGGAAUACUGCAACGGCUCCUCCCCCGUCUGCCAGAGCGACGUUUUCAAGCAGAACGGCCACCCUUGCAAGGAGAGCCAGGCCUACUGCUACAAUGGCAAGUGCCAGAAUUACGACAGGCAGUGCCAGGCCAUCUUUGGGCCAAAGGCCAAGGCUGCCCCGGACCUCUGCUUUAAAGAUGUUAACCUGAAGGGAGACCGGUUCGGAAACUGCGGCUACCAGGGCCACGGCUACAAGAAGUGUGAAACCAGGAACGCCAUGUGCGGGAAGCUGCAGUGUGAGAACGUGGGGUCGGUCACGGUCUUCGGCAUCGAGCCGUCCAUCAUCAAGACGCCCGUCGCUGGAACAAAGUGCUGGGGGGUGGACUUCCUGCUGGGCUCGGAUGUCCCCGACCCGGGCAUGGUGAACGAGGGGACCAAGUGUGGGGAAAACAAGGUGUGUUUGAAUUACCAGUGUGUGAGUGUUGAGGUGCUGAAAUAUGAUUGCGACGUCCAAAACAAAUGCCAUGGUCAUGGGGUAUGCAACAGCAAUAAACAUUGCCACUGUGACAACGGCUGGGCCCCUCCCAACUGCGAAGCCAAAGGCUACGGGGGGAGCGUGGACAGUGGCCCCACGUGGAAUGACAAAGACACCUCCACGAGGGACGGCCUGCUGGUCUUUUUCUUCCUGGUGCUCCCCCUGCUGGCGGUCGGCCUCUACGUCUUCUUCAGGAGGAACGAACUGCGACGGCGCUUCUGCAGGAAGAAGAGAUCCCAGGGCUACGAGGCUGACAGCAGACCCCAGGCAAACAGCAGCCGAGGACCGCCCCCGAGAAGCAGCUCCAACAACAUCGUCAAGGACGGACACCAGGUUCAGUUAUUACCACCAGAGGAGGUCGUACAGACGAGCAGGACUGCGUCAGCGCCAUCAUAUGCUGUCAGGCCUCCACCACCUCCUCACCCACGACCACCUGCUGCAACACAACUUGUGCCUCAGAGACCUGCGCCUCCACCUCCAGUAUAGCCCAUGAGUGCUGGGGGGGUGGGGCCCAGUGGGGUGCAUCACUCAAACUCUUCCUCCAAAACUUUUUGCACCAGUCAGCCAAAUCCAGACUAGACAUGCAAGUCACUUGACAAAGCGUUUCCUGCAAUAAGGAGCUGUGUUCAUGGUGACCCCGCACCAGUCUAUGCUCACUCUGAGGCCUCCAACGACCCCCUACUGCGAAGAGUGGAGAUCAGAGCACCUUAGCAGGACGACUGCUAAUAACUGCCCUUCAAACUGCUCCUCAAGUGUUAUCAUAGGAAUGUCAAAGCAACCUCACAAGCCCUUGAAAAACGUGAGGGGAAGUUAUGUAUGGUGUUUUUUUUAUUUUAUUUUAGGUAACAUAUUUUAGUCACCCCCCCCGGAUCUGACGUGGAAUGUAAACACAGCACUGGCUGUAUUUAGAACUGGGGACAAUUGUAACUGGUUUGAGCAUUGCUGCAAUUUGCCGUCAUGCUGAGCAACACUGUGUAGUUAUCAGGGUUCCUGCACAGGUCUGGAAAGUCCGCAAAAGUGUGGAAGAUAUAUGGAUAAUUUUCACACCUGGAAAAAUCUGGUGAAAAGAUUUGUGAUUCCAUAACAUCGCCAUAUUCUGGCCAAAGGUUCAGCAUUUUUAUUCAUUAUCCUAUUAUGCAACCAACAUGAUUAUAGAUGAAUGGCUCUGCGGCAAAUUAGUUGUAUGCUGUAACCCAGGGUUUCUCACUGGAAGCCUUCAGGGAAGCGCUGAAGCAAAAAGAGUUGGAAGGGGGCACUCAAGCUAUCAAGGGGGACAUCCUAUUUUGUAUAUUUAAUGCAGUUAGAACAUGUUUAGCUGUACCGGACAAAGAAUGUCUGUAGUAUUUAAAUUAAGAAAAUCAUCGUGAGUCAAAGGGUACGAGUCCGAAUGCUCAUCUAACAGAUGGUCUCUGCCUUCAGUUAGAGCCGAGAUCUCUUUUCCAGCCAAACAUUUUAGUGGAUUAACAUACAAUGACUUGUAGCCUAAGCCACCAAAGCACAAGCCAAAAAACUCAGCUGAGGUCUGUAAAUUGAGGUUUGGAAAAAGUUUGGAAUUUUUAAAAUGGAAAUGUGCAGGAACCCUGUAUAGAUAUUCUUUUUAUAUUCUUGUCCUACAUCGCUCUUUUUAAUUGCAGAGAUGUUCUCUAUCAAAUUCAGUUUGCCUCAGAUGAUUUUUGCCUGAAUAUGAGCUUCAGAUUUGACUGCUUUAGUUUUUUUUUUAUUUUUUGCCCCAUCUAAUGAAAUAAAGCAGGCUUUCAUCAGGGGAUAGCCCUGAGACAUUCCUUCACACCCGUUAAUAGAUGUACUCUUCACAUGCUCACACAAGUGCAAUAUAAAACAGUUUCUAGGUUGCUAAAGCCACACACGUGCAAUAAUUCAAAGAUUUCAGUUCAGGCCUCUGACACUAUGUGCAUCUGGAAUAUGCUGGAUUUGUACAUUACCCAUUUAACUUUGGGGCAGACAAAAUCAUCUGUAUGUUGGAUAGCUGUAUGACCUGGACUCAUUCUACUUGAAGAAUGAUUAUGCAGUUUGGCAAGCCAGGCAGGAGAGUAGCCUAUGGUUAAGAUCCCCUUGUUGCUUUGUUUUUUUUUAGUUUUAUUUAAUAAAUUUGAAAAGGAAAUUUGUUUAUAUUUUUGCAAAUUUAGUUACUGUCUCCACAGGUAAAUGGUAAUCUAGGUAUCAGUCUUGUGUAUUUUUAUAUAUGACAUGUUUCUGAUGUGGGUGAUACUGACUGGUUUGACUGGGGUUUGUCCUUUAUGUCUCUAAUACAUGCUUGUUUCACAAAUGAUGUAAUCUCCAAAACAGUCCUAUUGUAUUUGCAUUGAUCCUAAGGGCUACGGGGCACUGCAUGAAAAUUCCACAUGCCAUGAAUGAAAAUCAAAAUGAAAAUCAAGAAGACAUAAACAAAACCUGCCAGAUCAUUUAAGGUUUGAGACUCUGAUUGUACAAAAUCUUCACUCUGCACUGUACCAUGGUGAUUUCUGUUAGAUUUUUUUUAAAGAAAAUGAUCCCAUGUUCUUCCUGUCUCAGGAACCUUGUUGAUCUACAGGUCUGUUAUACAUACAUGUAUGUAUGGACUUUAUAUCUACCAGCUUCAGAAACCUGUUACACUCUGGCUCCUGCUGUUUUAAUGCCACUGUCCCCUGCUGCACAGAUGUGUUGGUACGGUAGGAAGUGGCACUAUUGCAAUAUGGCACCUUGUCAAACACUUCCCUCACUGGCCCAUUGUGUGCCUCUUGUUCUGUGCCCAAAGCUAACAGGGUCCAACUUCAAGAGGACUUGUCAUGUGUAAUGCAGCAAGUGCAAAAACUGGUGUUAAUAGAACUUGUGUUUAUAAAUCAUGUACAUAUUUGUGAUCUACAUUUUCAUAUCUAAUGUUUGCAGAUUGUCUUGUAAAUGUAUACUCAGAAGCUUAAGAAAGAAAAGAUGUACUGAUUGAUUGGAUGGCUUAAUUGCACCACACUUAACAUUUCUUUCAGUUCCUUAGUAUUAUGGUAGUGAUUUCAUGGUUGCUGGUGGAGGAUUCAGUAGCUGGCUGACACAUUGCCAAAAGAACAGGGCUCUUCUUGUUGCCCUUUGAUUUGGUUA